CCCACACAGAUGUUCUUGAUCACGUCACAGCUCUACUACACUCACUCCCACCCGGCAGUGAACUUGAUUGAAUGCAGAGCAGUGAGAGGUAGUGAAAAGCAGAGGAUAUCAGCUACAGUAUAUCGCUAUUGGGAGCACUUAAUUCUGCUGCGAUGGGUACGUUGAGUCCAUUUCGCAUGUUCUUGCUUUUUGCGUUGGCUCAGCAGAAAGUCUUUGUAGCCGCCAGCGACGUGCUCGAGCUCGGGGAUUCUGAUUUCGAUGACAUGGUAGCAGAGUACGAGACUGUGUUGGUGGAGUUCUUCGCGCCUUGGUGUGGUCACUGCCAGCAACUAGCCCCAGAAUAUGAAACUGCAGCAACAAAACUAAAAGGGACAGUGUCUUUAGCUAAAGUAGACUGCACAGUGAACUCUGAGACGUGUGGACGUUUUGGGGUCAAUGGGUACCCCACACUCAAAAUCUUCCGCAAUGGAGAGGACUUUGCUGCUUAUGAUGGACCCAGGAGUGCAGAUGGCAUUGUGAGCUACAUGAAAAAACAGGCAGGUCCCAGUUCCGUUCCUCUGCACAAUGAGAGAGACCUAGAUGCAUUCGUCAACCAUUUUGAAGCCAGUGUAGUUGGUUUUUUCUCAAGUGCUGACAGCUCUCAGAUGGCUGAGUUUUUGAAGGCGUCUAGUGCCAUGAGAGACAGCCACCGCUUUGCCCACACUGCAGACCUGAGCCUGGGCCUCAAACACGGCGUGGAAUCAGACAUGGUGGUGCUCUUUCGGCCCCCGCGACUCAACAGCAAGUUUGAGGACAGCUUGGUCAAGUCUGAGGCUGUCUCGAUCGCCUCUCUCCGUCAAUUCAUCAGAGAUAAUGUGUUUGGGCUGUGCCCCCAUCUGACUGCUGAGAACAGAGAGAACAUGAGGGGACGGGACUUGCUGGUGGCCUACUACGACGUGGAUUACCUCCGCAACAUCAAGGGCACCAACUACUGGAGGAACAGGGUGAUGAAAGUGGCCACUCAGUUCCAGUCUCAGGGGCUGAGUUACGCUGUGGCCAACAGGGCUGAGUUCCAGGAAGAGCUGGAGGAGGAGUUUGGCCUGGGGCCGUCCGACGGGGGAGAGCUGCCUCUCAUCACCAUCAGGAACAGGGAGGGCCACAAGUACAGCAUGCAGGAGGAGUUCACACGGGACGGGAAAUCCCUGGAGAGGUUCUUGGAGGACUACUUUGCUGGUAAACUGAAGAGGCAGGUCAAGUCAGAGGCUGCUCCCGAAAACAACGAUGGCCCAGUCAAGGUGGUGGUGGCGGACAACUUUGAGGAGUUAGUGAACAACCCUUCCAAGGACGUGCUGCUGGAGUUUUAUGCACCCUGGUGUGGACACUGCAAAAGCCUGGAGCCCAAAUACACAGAGCUUGGGGAACAGUUGUCCGCCAACACCCACAUUGUUAUAGCAAAGAUGGAUGCCACUGCUAACGACGUUCCUCCAACCUACGAUGUCCAGGGUUUCCCCACUAUUUUCUUCGUCCCAGCAGGACAGAAGGACCAGCCUCGGAAAUACGAGGGUGGCCGUGAGGUGAAUGAUUUCCUCAACUAUCUGAAGGAGGUGGCCACACAUCCCCUUAUCCUGGGCAAUGCCAGAGAAGACUUGUGAGAGUGCAAUAAUGAGAGAGAAGAAAAAAACAAGGGAUAAGUGGACUGGCAAAGAAGCAGAAGACAUGAACUAUGAGGAGAAAAAAAGGAGCCACCCAUUGCAACACACAGUUUCAGACCAGAAGAUCUCCUUUGGUUUUCUGUGCCUUACCAGCAACACUGAAUGCUCAUAACAUAGAGGACUUCUAAAUUAAACAAUCAGCAGUUUCUUCUUGGAACUUCAAAAGAGUAAUGUUCUGAAUGUGAGAGGAUGGAGCAUCUGCAAGCACAGUAAUAGGUAGCACACGUGCAGAUUGGCUUUGCCAUUAAACUGGUUGCGAUUAAUAUUCCCAAGAAAGGCAUACUAGUGUAGCGUCCUUGACUCUGAGUGAGGUACCUCAGACUAUAGAUAAAUGUAGAAAAUGAAAU